AUCCGCUGCGCAUGCUUUACUCGGCCCGCGGGUUCUCCAAAUUCUCGCGGUCAGGUGUAUCUAAGCCCCGGGCAAUCCUACCACCAGCACUCAGAGGAAGAGAUAGCGCAGGAUCCCAUCUCUAGCUUCCACCCCCAAGUUCCGUCCCAGAGCCCACUAGUCCCGGAAGCUGAGGCUCAUUGGAUCGUCAGCACAGCGCAAAACCGAUCUGAGAUCACACAGUCCUGUUCACGCCUUGUGCUCCUGAGGAGGGGGCAAUGGCAGCUUCCUGUGUCCUUCUGUACACUGGGCAGAAGAUGCCCCUGAUUGGACUGGGCACCUGGAAGAGUCAACCUGGCCAGGUAAAAGCAGCUGUUAAGUAUGCCCUGAGUGUAGGCUACCGCCACAUUGACUGUGCUGCUAUCUACGGCAAUGAGACUGAGAUUGGGGAGGCCCUGAAGGAGAACGUGGGACCUGGCAAGGCAGUAUCUCGGGAGGACCUAUUUGUGACUUCCAAGCUGUGGAACACUAAGCACCACCCUGAGGAUGUGGAGCCUGCUCUUCGGAAGACACUGGCUGAACUCCAGCUGGAGUAUUUGGACCUGUACCUGAUGCACUGGCCUUAUGCUUUUGAGCGAGGAGACAACCCUUUUCCUAAGAAUGCCGAUGGGACUAUACGCUAUGACUCCAUCCACUACAAGGAGACCUGGAAGGCUCUGGAGGCACUGGUAGCUAAGGGGCUGGUGCGGGCACUGGGCCUGUCCAACUUUAGCAGUCGGCAGAUUGAUGAUGUGCUCAGUGUGGCCUCUGUGCGCCCAGCUGUCCUGCAGGUGGAAUGCCACCCAUACCUGGCUCAGAAUGAGCUGAUUGCCCACUGCCAAGCACGUGGCCUGGAGGUGACUGCUUAUAGCCCUCUGGGCUCUUCUGAUCGUGCAUGGCGUGAUCCUGAUGAGCCUGUUCUCCUUGAGGAGCCAGCGGUCCUGGCCCUGGCUGAAAAGUAUGGCCGGUCUCCAGCCCAGAUCUUGCUCAGGUGGCAAGUCCAGCGGAAAGUGAUCUGCAUCCCCAAGAGUGUCACACCUUCACGUAUCCUUCAGAACAUUCAGGUUUUUGACUUCACAUUUAGCCCAGAAGAGAUGAAGCAGCUAGAUGCUCUGAAUAAAAAUUGGAGAUACAUUGUGCCUAUGCUUACGGUGGAUGGGAAGAAGGUCCCGAGAGAUGCAGAGCACCCUCUGUAUCCCUUUAAUGACCCAUACUGAAACCACAGCUUCCUGGUUUCCUUAUCAACUCCCUAGCUAUGAGGUCCUGCCAUCCCCAUAAAGAGGGAGUUAAUAAAUCCAUUGGCACAUCGACA